AUGCUGCCUCGGAACAGCUUCAAAAGCCGAUUGAUUCUGCUGCUGCUCUUUUUAAUAUCCCUUGUUUACCUAUCAGUCUCCCUAAUCUGCAAUUUCGAAACCGGUGAGACACUUUUAGAACGCCACUUUGUCCUUAUCAAGGACACACAAGAAACAAACAAUAUACCCUCUACGAUUUAUACUGAAAGAAUACCACGGGUAAUUCAUCAGAUAUACAAAAAUGACACUAUACCUGAGAAGUGGUCCGCAGCCUACCAGUCAUGCAUGGACCAAAAUCCUCCCGGAAACUGGACACACAUACUGUGGACAGACGACAAAGCACGAAACUUUAUAACAAACUUUUACUCUUGGUUUCUGCCCGUAUAUGACAGCUACCCUUACGAUGUGCAGCGUUUCGACGCGCUUCGGUACUUGCUACUGUACCAUUUCGGCGGCAUCUAUCUUGACAUGGACGUGGGCUGCAAAAAAGACCUCUCAGCGCUGUUACGACAUCACGCAUUUUUCGGCAAAACGAGUCCAUAUGGCGUGAGUAACGACGUCAUGGGCUCAGAGAAGGGGUACGAGCUCUUUCGUCUGCUCGUCCUGUCACUCGAAGCGGAGAAUCACUAUCGUGGGACCAAGUAUCCAACAGUCAUGAUGUCGACAGGACCAAUGUUUGUGACGCGGGUACUCGUGAAAUUUCUGCGGAAGAAGAGCCGCGAAACAUUCGAAAAAGUGCCGUCUGGUGGGGAGGACUCUCCGGUAGCCAUUCUUCCACCCGAGCUAUACGGAAUGUCACCCGUGUCGUAUUUUGAGCAUUACCCCGGCUCGUCGUGGCAUGGGUGGGACGUUUGGGUCUUGGGGCAAAUCAGCAGCCGUCCGGGUUUAUUUGUUUUCAGCGUUUUUGUUACUUUUGCCGGGGUUUUGUAUUUUUUGAAAGGGAGGCGGACAAGGGGUUAA